AUGGCUCUUUCAAAAAUCCUCGAAGAAGAUUUUCUGACAUGCAUAAUUUGUGAGGAAAGGUAUGAAGAACCCAAAAUACUUCCUUGCGUCCACAGUUUCUGUAAGAGGUGCCUUGAGGACCACGUGAAUGUCAAACUCGACCGUAACCGCCGUUUCCCAUGCCCCAUCUGUAGGAGGGAAUGCGAGCUGCCAGAAAAAGGGGCGGAGGAUUUGGAGAAUAGUCGUCUUCUUGCUAACCUCGCUGAGGUAGUGAACAAGGUCGACGAAGCGAAGACGCAGGACAAAUGCGAGACAUGCGCCCUUAAAGAGCCCCCUGUAGAUGCAGAUGCCACAAAAAGAUGCUUAAAGUGUGAUGACAACAUGUGUGACGCCUGCAGUGCAGAACACCGACGUCACGGUGGAUGUCGUGACCACCAGCUCAUCCCAUUAGGAGAACUCAAUGAUGAGGCAUACGCCAGUGAACUUCGCUCUCGUCAACAGAUUCGGUGUAACCAUGACAACGAGACUCCGGCCAAAGUAUUCUGUUUUGUCUGCGAAAAGUUCAUAUGUGGAACAUGCGUUUCUCUUGAACACACAGAUCACGAUUGCAAAUACAUACCAUCAGCUGCUAAAGGUGGAAGAGAACGCUUAGCCACCGCCCAAGAAGAGAUUGGUCAGCAAGAGACAAUUGCAACGAGUCUUCUUUCAGUCAUGAAGCUACUCAAGACGGGUUUACAUUGUCAGAACGAGGAGCUCAAGAGAUCUAUUCGCAACCGACAGAAAGAGCUCAUUACGUUGCUCAUAGUCACUGGUGAUCGUAUGUGUAAAGAAGUUGAAGAAACCACGAACCAGGUUGAAGAAGUUUUGGACCCCAUAGAAAAGGAACUAGAAUUGAUCCAAGGAUGUUUUUGGAGCUUCAGGGAAUUUACCAACGCCUUGAUUAUUCACGGUUCCGACCCUGAAGUCUUGCAGACCAUGGCAAACUGCCUAAGGCGCGGCAGAGAAUUGACGGAAAUGAGGUUACCGACCAUCCCAACCACCAAGACCCUAACCCUAGAUACCAAGCAUGUCAACAAUAUGUCAACCGUCCUUCGUGAGUGUAUGGGUGAGGUGCGACAUGCCAGGGAUAAGGAACUGUUGUGGUCAUUCUGCGUAGACCUAAAUACUGAUCCUCCGGAAUCAGUAACACAUGUCGCUGUAGAUGCUGAAGGGCGCCUAUGUGUUGGUGUGUGGUGUUUUGUGAAGAGGAACAAGAUCAACGUAUACGACGUUGACAGGUGUUUGAUCGCAACUAUAACAAACCCCGAGUUAAAGGCAGGCAGUCUCGCUGGCAUUACAUUAGAUCAAGAUGGAAACGUUGUGGCGCGGUCGCAGUCAGACAACUUGGUGAUGAUCUUCAGCAGGGAAGGCAAACUGCUAUCUAGCUUCCACAGUUCACAGCCACUUGCAGUGUCAGUGAACAGCAAGGGCCAGUACGUCAUUGCUGGAAGGGAAGCAAUAUACAUCCACGACAAGGAUGGGCAGGUCGCCCAUAGUUUUCCUGAUCCACUACAAGGUGAUGUUAUAAAAUAUGUAGCAGUCAGUGUUACAGGUGAUAUCCUCGUGUCACACCCCGGUGCUCACAAAGUACUCGCCUACAACCCCGUAUCCGGUGUGCUGAAGUUCACGUACGGAGACAAAGGCUGUGGUGAUGGUCAGGUGAACGAACCAAAGGGCAUGUGCUGCUUGGCAAACGGUGAUAUCAUAUUGGCUGAUGACAGAAACAAUCGCCUCCAUCUACUCUCUCCGGACGGUGUGUUUAAAAAGUUUCUUCUUACCAAAGAAAAUGGGAUGAAAUUUCCAAAGGAUGUUGCCCUCACCCCCGAUGGAAAAGUUGUUGUUGUCGAGAAUGGAGGAGCUGUAAAGUGCUUUGCCUUCCAAGAUCAAGAGACAACAAUUUAA